AUGCUACUUAACCAAGGUGCCCACGUUGUGAUAGGUGAAAUUCGGGCACCUCCUCCUGAGGUCCUAGCAGGCGGUGUGGUUUUCGUGUCGGUUGAUGUGACCUCUUGGCGGGAUCUCAAGAUCAUGUUCGAAACUACUUGGGAUACGUUUGGUCGCGUUGAUCACGUCUUUGCAAAUGCAGGUAUCGAAGGACGUGAAAACUACGUUGGUGAUCAACAUGAAAAUGAACUUGAUCUCAAAGAGCCCAACCAUCUGACUGUGCAGAUUAAUUUAAUUGGCAUACUUAAUACAACACAUCUUGCCAUUCAUUAUAUCAGGAAAAGCCAUAAUGGCGGGAGUAUUGUUAUGACUGCUUCCGCAUCUUGUACGAUCCAUGAAAUGCUCCAGACCUAA